UUAUUUCCGACACGAUCUCCUUGGGCACUGCGAAUUUUCUUCAUUCGCGUGGGCUGAAAAUUAACGAAAUUCGUUCGUGCGCCGCAAAUAAACAAAUAGACGCAUAAGCUCGUGUAUUUUCUUGCAACAGUGGUGUGCAGGUACACAAAGUUUUAGUCAUUUUCAAACAUUCGUCGUGAGCGCAAGUGCCUGUAGUAUUCGGCUUAACCAACUGGGUACCAAUUCUCGCCAGAAGCGGAAAAUUUGCGUGAAUAUAGCAGAUAAUAUUUGCAAUUGGCACUCGCAGCCGCAGAGGAAUUCGUUCGUUGAAAUCAUAAAACUAUUACCUAGCGUUGAGGAGCAACAGCUGAGCAGCCGAAAUUCCAAAAGCGUACAUAAACAUUAGUGAACUAUUACUCAAACCACACGCAAAUCACAAAAACUACAUUUAAUCAUCAUGUUAUUUAUGUGUCAUCAAAUGGCGAUGAAGAAGGAAGCCAAUGACAAAUCGAAGGCCGCCGAACUUCGAAGAGCACAAAUCGGUGUUGGCGUACCAGUUGUCUGGAUUUUGGGUGGUCCCGGCUGCGGCAAAGGCACACAAUGUGCCAAAAUUGUAGAGAAAUAUGGAUUCACACACUUGAGCUCCGGUGAUUUACUGCGCGCAGAGGUGGCCUCUGGCUCUGAUAAGGGUCGUGAAUUACAAGCUAUCAUGAAGGAGGGUAAAUUGGUGCCGAACGAAGCUGUCUUGUGCCUGCUCGCCAAAGCUAUUGCCGAUAACAAGUGCGACUCAAAGGGCUUUCUAAUUGAUGGUUACCCACGCGAGAAGGAUCAAGGCGCUGCUUUUGAACGCCAAAUUGCACCAGCGGAUCUGAUUAUCUAUUUUGAUUGUUCGGAUGAUGUUAUGGUCCAACGUAUAAUGGGACGUGCGGCUGCUUCCACAGAAGUGCGUGCCGAUGACAACGAGGAGACCAUCAAGACUCGUCUGGCCACCUUUAGAACAAAUACAAAUGCCAUUCUCGAGCAAUACGUCGAGAAGACGAUAACGCUGAAUGCCGAACGUUCUGCCGAUGAAAUUUUCGUUGAUGUGCAACGCGCUCUGGAUUGUUUGAUACAGAAGAAGGCUCAGGCGGUUGCAUGCGCCUAAUUAAUGGCUCACUAACAACUACAAACACACAUGCGCACAUACAUACAUACAUACGUAGCUAUGUAUGUGCGUCAAUUAUUUAUUCUUUAAUUAAUUUACGUGAAUGCACGUAGACAUACGAGUAGUUAUUGUAGCACAAUUCAUACACGCAGAACUAUCAACAAAUGAUAUUAGCUAAUAAUAAAUGAAAAAGCCAAAGAAACAGCAUACCUUCAAGAUACUUAAGAAACACCGCCAAACACCGCAACUUGUGUGGCGAGUAGAAUGGCUAAAAUGUAUAUAAUUCCCCAACUGUGAGCGCUUGAGUGAGCAACUAGCGAAAAUUGCUUGAUAAGCGUGCCGAAAACUAGUUUUAAAUUAUAGUACAACAAUAAGAGCUCUCUAAGGGAAAUACAAACAAAUGUGCUUUAAAUAAAAAUUAUAAUGUACUUUAUUUAAAUUAAAUCAAUACACCAAAGAAAAUUAUAAAUUGUUACAAAUUAAAGCAAUUUUCGCAAUAAAAAUUACAAUAUUUACCAAAUCUUGA